GUGGCUGUGGAGGAGCCUUUUUCGAGCCGUGUAAUCCAAAGUUCCAACGUUUUUUUGCCUCAGCUUUCUUUCAUCUCCUUGCUCUAUACCCGUCUGGAAGAAAGGAGACUAGAAUCCUGCCACAAUUUUCCAUCCAAAGAAGUUUCAUAAAUAAGGUACAGUAAGGGGCUCUUUCCAAGUGGGCAGAAAACGGCGGAUGUUCUGGACAGAUGAAAAGAAGUUGCAAUCCCAUCAUGCUUGAUGAUCUAGCAAACGCUCUGUGCUAAAAUAGGGUCUAGCGCACAUAUAGCACUAAUAAUCAACCCUUGCACAUGGACCAUGGCCCGGACACAUCGUAUGCCUCACUCACCGAAUUCACGGUGCCGUCACCAUCAAAAUGUGCCUUCCAGCUCCGCCCCUUUCGUUAAGUGGAAAGUGCAACUUACUCGUAUAACUCCCAAAAAGGAGGAAUUUUACUAGUCGUCAACCCAGAGGAAUACACCCAUUGAUAGUGUCUCUUUCACAUCUCAAGGCUAAACUUUCAAGUUAUUUCCUGGAAGUAUAGCACCACUCACAGUUCCUCAGCGGUUUACAAUGACCUGACAGUCUGGUUGUAUGACCACGCAGUUUACCCCGUUGUAUAAUCAAUCAAUAGUAUGAUGAAAAACUGACAUCUUUCUGGUGGACUUGGACCUGUUUUCUGAUGGGCACGGUUCCUUAGGAUGUUCCUCGACUUAUUUUCAGUCUUUCUCCUACCACGAUGUCUCCGGAGCAGGAUCCUUUCAGUCAACUUUUAUCGGCUCACAUAUAAAUGUUGGGUGCAUUUGGUUGUUUCCUGUUCAUCAUCCCUCUUCCAUCAUGCAAUUCACUGCUGUUUUGACUCUCGCUUGUUUCUUGUCGCUGCCUGUCUACGUUAUCUCUACGAGUGGUUUCGCCGCCUCGUGUUCCAAUAUACAACUAUCCGGUUCCGUUUUAGAUGCAACCUGUGUUACAGACAGUGGAUCAACGACCGCAACGGCAAUUGACUUGAACAAUUGUGUAGCUAAUUAUGAUGGAAACCUUGCUUGCGCGCCCAGUGGCUCGUACAGCAGUUCUUGCGAUGAUUGUUCGCUUACAGAUACAACUUACUUGUUGUGCUCAUGCAGCGGCAGUUCGGACGGAGGCGAUCAGCCUUCAGGAUACAAUCUGGAUUCCUGCCUGGGUAACAAUGAUGGUGCUCUCACAUGUUGAAUGUGCUCUCUGGUGGUGAAGUGGAUUUUGGAUGGAUGAUAUGAAACAAGGAGCUGCUUUUUUCGUUACUAUCUAUGCUCUCGGUUCUGCGUUAUACAAUUGGUAUGGUGUUCAUCAGUAAAGUGUCACUUUUCUUUGAACAUGUUCG